CGGUGAAGAUACUCCGAAAAAGAAAACUAAGAAAAAAACAACCAAGGAUAGUUCUCCACCUGCAAGUUCCACCCGAGAGAAGAAAACUAAAACUAAAGAUGACAAAGAUUCUGAUGGAAAAGAAAAAAAAUCCAAGUCAAAGGAAAAAGACAAGAAGAAGGAACCAGCUUCAAUGUUCCAGAUAAAUGAAGACAAAAACUCAAAAAGCAAAAAGAAAGCGGCCAAAUCGGAAAGUGAUGACAGUGAAGAAGAAACAAAGUCAACCAGAUCAAAGAAAAAAUCCAACUCCGGCUCUGCAUCGAUGUUUCAAACAUCAGCAGAUAAGGACAAAGACAAGAAGACAAAGAAAAAAGCAAAGGCAGACGAAAGCAAUGAUUCUGAAUCAGAAAAAGAAGAAAAAACAAAGAAGAAGAAGGGCAAAGGGAAGAAGAAAAAAGAGCGCUCUCCCUCACCUGAAAUUGAAUUUGACAACUUGGAGAAGUUUGUAAUGGAGCCAGCUCCGCAGGGUGUGACUGUGAAAUGCAGAGUGACUCGGGAUCAGAGAGGGAUGGAUAAGAGCCUCUACCCUUUGUAUUACCUUCAUCUAGACAAUGAAAAAAAGACGUUUCUACUGGCUGGACGGAAGAGAAAGAAAAGUACAACUUCAAAUUACCUCAUCUCCAUCGAUGCCACAGAUUUAUCAAGAGGAGGCGAGAAUUUUGUGGGAAAGCUGAGGUCAAAUUUAAUGGGGACUAAGUUCACUGUGUUUGACAACGCUGUGAAUCCAGAAAAAGCUCUUCCAGACAUGUCUAAUGCUCGGCAAGAGUUAGCAGGCAUCAUCUACGAAACCAAUGUCUUGGGAAUAAAAGGACCCAGAAGGAUGACUGUCAUCAUUCCAGGAAUGAGCAAAGACAACGAGCGAGUACCCCUCCGACCAAGAAAUGAAUGUGAUGGCUUGCUGAUAAGAUUCCAAAACAGAAGGAUGGAAAAUCUGAUCGAGCUUCACAACAAGACGCCUGUGUGGAACGAAGAGACGGCAUCUCAUGUGCUAAACUUCAAUGGCAGGGUCACCCAAGCCUCCAUCAAGAACUUCCAGAUCGUCCACAACAAAGAUCUGGACUACAUUGUGAUGCAGUUUGGACGAAUCGCUGAUGACAUUUUCACACUGGAUUACAACUACCCGCUUUGCGCUGUGCAGGCCUUUGCCAUCGCACUUUCCAGCUUUGAUGGCAAAAUCGCUUGUGAAUAACACACAAGUCUUCAGUUGUGGACUCACACUUAAACCAGCAUGCAACAAACCCACAUUCACAUCAGAUCAACCCAGCGUCUUUGGACUCGCCUACACUUCCUGUGAUAGGUGUCGAUAACAGCAAUGGUUCCUCGAAUGUGACAAUACCUGCUGUUGUGCUGCUGUUAUCCGUGUGAGUGCCCCCAGGUGUAAGACACAAAAUUGUUGUCAUGUUAUCGUCUGAUCUUGCAUGACAUGGUGCAGAAGAAUCCUCUGUUUUUCAUUCUCAGUAUUUCACUGCAAUCAUCUGAACUUCUGGGAACUACAGAAAGACACACCAUUGGGAGUCCAGUGACUGGAGAGUUAUGUUUCAGGGAGAUAAUUGUACACCUCAUUUAUGAAGGUGUUUGAAGACUACUAACAUCAUUAAAGGAUGUUAAACCGUGAAUUUAUUUUUUUGCUUUGUUGUGCUUUGACGUAUUGUGUUGCUGUAUAGCGCCAAUUUUUUGUGUCAAAUGUGACCGCAGAAACACCAAAUUACAAUAAAAAUAUUUCUCUUUAGGGCAAAAUGAAAAUUAUACUUUGUGACAGUAAUCAUCUGCACAAAAGACACACUUUUAUUUUAAGUUUAUUCAAUUUUAUUUAGUGACUGUGAAACCGUUUUGUGUAUCUGUAUACAUUAAUAUACACAUAGGUGUGAAAAUCUUUUUUCUAGGCAUGUACGUUACGUUUCUACAAAUAUAUAUGUUUCUAGAUAACUGGCUCUAAUGUGAACUCCUGUAGGUUUUUGUAUGUUGUCUUUUUUAAUUUCUUUAUAUUCAUAAACAUUGCCUUCGCUGCAGGCUUAUGGGAAUAAUUCAAAUGAAUUAAAUUUCCUUGUUAACUAAAUCGCUUUGAAGUCAGCUUGUAUAAAUGUAUGUUUUUGUCAUGUUUUUGUGGUUGUCAUUUUUUUAUCUUUUCUUGUCGCCCUGAUUCACAGUAACAUAGUAAAUUUAGAGUGCUACUGACUGUUUGCAGAUGGUCAGUACCACUCAGUACCCCCACAGAAUUACAAGACAUGCAGGUUACCCCAAUCCUUCUUCCAACCCUACAAAUGGUGUUUUAAUGGGUGUUUAAAAAAAAAAUAAAAAUCUGUUAGAACAGAUAUUUAUAAAAUAUGUUUUAUAGUUCUAUUUUCUCAUGCGAGAGAGCGCUUGGCAGAUAUUUAGUCACAUUCCAGUUUCCAGUUUUACAAACACCCACGAUUUUCUUCAGUUGCCUGCAUGUUGAGAGGAGCUUCACUCAGCAUGGAAAAACCUGUUUGAACCGAGGGCCUCCAGAGUAAGUGAGAGGUGUGUAUUCUGCCUGAACCUGCUCAGGCAGUUGUCCAGACUCGCAAAUUAAAUGAAGCCUGGCAGCUCCUCUGGAGAGAUGCUGUAAGGUGAGUUCUUCCUACCCCAUUGUUUUUUUCUGUAAUGUGAGCAAUAGUUAAACAACUGCCAACAUUAUUGUAGUCAUGCU